AACCCAGCCAGCCAGGUCAAAAGUAUCUCUCUAAAACCGACAGUCUUAAAGCCAACGCACGGCAUGGACCGUCACGCGUUCUUCACAGCCAGCAGCUUCCUCUCUCGGAUGGCCAUCUUGCCCUCCCUGAUGCAGCCCAUAAACGCAUCCCGAUCCGAUGCACACAUGACGUCCUCCAUCUCCCGCGUCCUCGUCGAGUGCAGCAGCUCGCUGCUCAAAGCUCGGUACGCCUCGUCCAUGACACCGAUGACAAGCGGCGCUGUCGUCCCUUCCUGGGUGACGAUCGUCCGCAUGGCGUCAGCUAGCGACUGAAGCUCGUUAAGAGAGAGGUCGGGGAGGGACGGCAGCAGGCCUCUCACGGCCAGCACGAGCACUCGCGUCAUGUCCCUUGACAGAUGGGGCAGCCUCGCGAGAGCUUCAAGCGCUAGCGCGUGCGUCGACGCCGAAAUGACCGAUGGGGUGCGGUAGGCCGUGGUGAGCCACUCCUCGAUCACAGUCUGGUCUCGCGCUGUCUUGAGCAGGUGCAUGCCGCCCCACACCAUCAUCUCCCUCCCCUUGGUCGCCGCAUGGCCCUUCUUGUCAGACAGAUAGCGAGACGCUGACGCCAAAAUGUGGUCGAAGAGGUCUCCUCCCGCAGUGACGACCUUCUGAGAGUCCUGGCCAUGCUGCGCCAUUCGCCCCACAGCCCACAUGAAUCGCCCCCAGUCAGCCGCGUUGAACUGAUCCACACGCGAGGGAGAGGCCAGCUCCGCCAGCAGAGAGGGAACGAAGGCCAGGAGGUCGCCGUGCUGCCACAGCACCGGGGUCCCUUCCGACGGUCGGUGCGGUGCGUUUGGGGGGUGGAUGAGCAGACAGAGGGAGGAGAUGGCCCACAGGACGUCCAGCAGAGCUCGUGUGGGGGCGGAUGGGAGAGAUGACACAUCGGGCAUCGAGGGAAGCAGGUGGCGGUACAUUAAGACGGAUGCUGCAGACAGAGCCACACACACACACACACACACACAGGGCAUCCAGCAACGCCCCCUCCUUCAGGCAUGUAUCUCCCUCACCUUUCCGUUGAUCGUCUGGUCUCGCAAUAGCGGCCACCAUCCACAUGAUGUUCCCCACCCCAUCCCAAUCCACCGCCCUGCUGCCCGCCACCACCCUCUCUAUCGCACCAAAGAAGCCGUCCACAAACUCGCCGCUGCCGUCACCCUCCCACUUGCGCGUCCAGCGCCUGCGAGCGAACGCCCAGCCGAUGAGCUUCAGCUCGGUCAGGGAGAGGGUGUCGAGAGAGAUGGAUUCUGCGACGGAGUGCAGGAACGUCUGUUCGGCGGAUGUGGUGAAGAGGGGCAGGUGGACUGCAGCCCAGGUGGACAUGGCGAGGCCCUGGGGGGUGAAGAACCAUGGAUCCUGCACACAUAGCAGCAGAGAUACGUACGUUCACACAUGUGUCUCUGCCAUUCAUGAGUGUUCACACACCUUGUGUGCCACCAGCCGUCCGCCAAAGUCAUCCCUGAAUCUCCCAAACAGCCUCCCGUCCAGUCCGGAAAGCUCCGUGUACACCGCCGCGUACAUGAGUGACGCCACCUCCCUCCCCUUGAGCCACCGGCCCUCCACGCGAUCCAUCGCCUCACCCCACAGCCACAGCAAGCUCUCAGCCUCCUUCUGGGUCACGCUGGCCGUUGUUUCCUUCAUGCGUCUGGCUAUUCGAUGCAACGCUGUGACCAGGUUGAUGGUGCUCACGCCGUCCUUGGUCUGCAUGGCGGCCGCGAUGGCCCGAGUGACUGUGGCGAUCCGCCCGUCGGAUGUGGUGAUGUUGGUGUUGAGGGAUCGCUGUGCGGUGGAGGACGGGGGGUAGAGUGUGUGUGGAAUUGGCGCGGAGGAGGUCGACUGGCGCGGAGGGAGGAGAGAUGGAGCAGACGGUGUCACCUCGUCGGUUGUCAGUGCAUCCUGAAGCCUGAAAGAGGCAACAAAGAAAGCAUGUCAAGUGACGUCCACACGGUUACUGCCACGGCCCUUCGCUCACCUCAAGAGUGUGGCGACAUCGAGCUGCGCCUUGACCCAUCCGUCUUCCUGCCCGCCCCGCCCCUCCCGCACAGCCGCAUCCACAGCGCCCUUGACGCCGCCCACGAGCAGCGACGAACACGCACGGCUUUCGUCAAUCAAGAAGCUGUCGAUCCUGCUGGGAUGGGUGGACUCUGUGUACCGCUGGAUGAGCUGUGUCUGGAGGGACAGCAGGCUGACGAUGAAGGCGGGGGCGAAGAGGGUCGGAGAGGCGGGGAAGAGCGAAUGAAUGGCCCAACUGAACGGGAGGAAACAUGAGCAGAAGCAGAUUGGAAUGAGCAACACUCGUUGGGAGCGUGUGUGUUGUCUCCUCACUUGUUAAAUGCCAAUUGUUGCCGUAUCGCAUCCCUGUCAGCUCCUGGACAGCAUGCCACCAUCAGCCCACUCAGCGCCUCCACCAGGGCGCCCAUCACACCAUCAUGCGGCCGAUUCACUCCCCUCUCAGCCCUCUCAUCCAUAACACACGACGAGACGUUGGCCCCCCGCUGGCUCGGCCAGUUGACCCGUAUCGCCGCACAGACGUCAGUGACCCAUCGAGCCAGCACACCAUCCAUCUCUCCACCUUCUGUGUCCAGAGCCCUCCACAGCGCCGUGUCCCUCUUGUACAUCGAUUUCACCAACCGCACCACCGCAAGAACCGACCUGCCCGGCAUCCUGUUGUCGCGGAGCAGAGACAGCGACGCCCCGAGGAUGGGAAUGAGGGCGGCUGGCGGCAUCAGAGUGGGGAAGAGGGACGGCAGCGCCUGUGUGACGGACACCAGGGGCGAUGGGGGGAACGACGGCAGCCGGGGGAGUAUGGUGUGGUGGAAGACGUGAUGCAGAUCCUGGGAAAGCAUCGGCAACAUAGCCGCGGGAACGUCAUCUAUAACACGGACCAACAGAACACGGGAGGCAGUGUGCAUCGUUCUCGAUAUACCGACAAGUGGCGCUGUCAAUGGUCUCACCUGAGUGUGCCCUGAGCCACGACCUGCCCGCUGUCACUGCCUUGAGCACCUUGGCAGCCUCAUGCGCCCCCCAGUGAGCUCCACUGCCCACCACAUACCCCCUCAGCACCCCCUCAUACCACCGCCCGUACAUCUCCGCCCACUUGCCGCUCUCGCCCCUUUUGGCCACGACCAGAAGAGAGCUGAGGAUCGUCGCCAACUCGUGGCCCUCCAUCCGUCGCGCAAGCGGAUUCAGCUGCAAUUGCCGCCAGAGAGCAUCCAGGGCCAUGUAAAUGACCGCGCUGUCGACCAAUAGAGGCGGGAGCAUGGAGAGCCCGUUGAGCAAGGAGGAGACGUCCUUGGACGUCCAUCGCUGAGCCGACAUGCUGCCGAUGUGUUGCAGGAUGCGCAUGAGCAGGCAGGGGCUUGCGAGGCACGGUGAUGCUGCUAUCGAGUAGACGGACAGCGACAGAUCGUGGGGCGUGAAGGCCGACAGAUCAGCAAAGCGCUUCAGGAAGAAGGCCUGCACUGUCGCCAUAGCAGCCGUCAGCCUCUCAGGCUCACUCACAGAUGCCUCCAGCACCCUCAGCGCCCACAGCAGGUUCACCAUGCCCCGUGGAUCGAUCUCGAGUACAUCCUGGCUGUCGCCCUUGAUCGCAGCCAUGAUGUCGUCACAGAGAAGGGCCAGAGUGGUCGACGGGGUAGCGGGGGAGGGGAGCUGUGCGUGCCGCUGCAGCAAAGCGCCGAGGUAGAAGAGGCGUAGCGGCCCUUGUUCGUUAGCUGAGGGCAGCGUGUUGCGGUAGAUGGAGUCCAGAGUCACGGUCGACAUGGCCUUCUUGACCCGCCUUGAAAAUCGAUUCAGCGCAGCCCUCCUCUGCGCCACAUCCUCCUCGCCCUCAUUCUCGCCACCAUCCUCAUGAUGCUCCUCUCUGCUGCCUCUGUCGCGUGCCGUCUCCUCCGCCCGCUUGAUCAGCUCCUCGAAAUCCAGUGUCCGCCGGAACACCCGCGCCCUCUCCCUCUCUUGGUCAGACAGCCCCUCUGUGAGGCUGCUCGGCCUCGGCUGGAUAAUGACAUCGUCCCACGCAACCCUUUGUGAUGCUGCGCUCUCGGCUGUGCGGAAGAGUGACACACGCGUGCUGGGGGAGGGAGCGGGUUGGACGGGGGUUGGAGGGGGCAUGAAGGCUGCCGCAUGAGCGACGGAUGAGAGCAGGGAGAGGGUCACGACGGACGAGAGGCACUUAUCGCGGAACUUGGGUCUGCGGGAGUGGCGGGAGGUAUGGGAGGGGUCAGUACUCAUCGACGGCGACCAUUCGGCCGCCCUGUCUUGCCGCGCUAUGGCGCUCCGUGGACAUCCAUCCUGAGCACAAAACACAGGCACAGACACAAAGCAUGAUUCAGCUGCUCUGCUGUGACAUCUUGGUGAGCAGUGAGCCGACCUGUGGAGGGACGUCACACAUGGGCGCCGCAGAUGAAGAGCUGCAGUUGUCCGCAUGCUGGCUCCCUGAUCUUGUCCGCCGAGGCUUGGGAGGAGGCGUCACCGGUGCGGGAAGGGAAGCAGCAGUGCAGCCCUCUUUGCCUUGACACCGAGGAAGCGAGAAGAUGGCCUCCAUCAAGCACCCUCACACGUCAAGGGCAUUCAGUCUGCUUGUUCAGCAUGCUUGGCAUCCCUCGCACAGCAGAUCUGCCACCGCUGAAUGUCCACCAUCCAGCCGUGAACCAUCUUUGCAGCUGAGGUUGAGUCCUGGAAACAGCUGCCUUGCCGAACGUGAUCCAGCUGACGUUGUGAAAGGAGGGUUGGGCGCUUCUCCGCGCCUUGUCC